AGGUCCAGCCCAAACACGCGAAGCGGAACCCCUCUCGCUUCCCUCGCUCUCCAGUCUCCCCCCGAGCCCGUCUCCGGCGAGCUAGGGUUUCCGCCUCCGCCCCGCCGCUCCACUCCCGCUCGUCAACCCCGCCCUCCCUGGAUCUCCAGCCAUGUACGGCGGAGACGAGGUCUCGGCAAUCGUCAUAGACGUAGGCUCCUACAGCUGCAAGGCGGGCUACGCCGGCGACGACACCCCCAAGGCCGUCUUCCCGUCGGUUGUUGGUUCAAUUGAACAAACGGGAGACACCGAUGACUCCAAGCCAGAGAAAGAAGCUGACUCUGCAUCAGAUUCUAAGAAUGGAGCUAAGCCUAUGGAUGUGGACAAAGCCAAGACAAAACGCAAACUUUAUGUUGGUCAAGAGUUGGAGUUUAGGAGGGAUCAUAUGGAGGUGAUUUCACCUAUGAAAGAUGGAACAGUAACUGAUUGGGAUAUUGUUGAUAAUAUAUGGAAUCAUGCUUUCAGGCGGAGGUUGUUGAUUAAUCCUGAGGAGCAUCCCAUGCUCAUAGCCGAACCAUCUACAAACAAUGCACAGCAAAGAGAGAAAGCGGCAGAACUUAUGUUUGAGAACUACAAAGUGCCAGCACUGUUCCUAGCGAAAAAUGCUGUGCUCACAUCUUUUGCCUCUGGGCGAGCUACAUCUUUGGUGGUUGACAGUGGUGGUGGGUCUACUGUGGUUUCAGCUGUGCACGACGGUUUUGUUUUGCAAAAGUCGGUGUCGACUUCUCCAGUUGGCGGUGAAUUUUUAACUGACUGUAUGAUGAAAGCCUUGGAGAGCAAGGGUGUCGUUAUUAGGCCCAGGUAUUCAUUUAAGAAGAAGGAAGUCGGUCCUGGAGAAUAUAAGAUUGUAGAUCUUGAUCUUCCAAACACAACAGAGAGUUACAGGUUGUACUGCAUGAGGGCUAUUGCUAGUGACAUCAAGGAGUCUGUUUGCAGAGUUCCAGAUACUGCUUUUGAUGAAGUGGCGUAUGCAAAUGUUCCUACUACUUCAUAUGAGCUUCCUGAUGGACAAACUAUUGAAGUUGGUGCUGAUAGAUUCAAGGUUCCUGAUAUUCUAUUUAAUCCAUCUCUAUCCCAGACUAUUCCUGGGGUUGAUGGAUUUGCAGAUUUAAUGUCAGUCCGUGGCCUUCCACGAAUGGUCAUUGAUAGCGUAAAUAGGUGUGACGUCGAUAUACGCAAGGAGUUAUUUAGCAACAUCUUGCUUUCUGGUGGCUCAUCAUCAAUUCUGCAGUUAAAGGAGCGCCUAGAGAAAGAAGUACUAGAGGAGUCUCCUCAAGCUGCUCGUGUUAAGGUUAUGGCAAGUGGAAAUUCAGUGGAGAGGCGAUUCAGUGUUUGGAUUGGAGGGAGCAUUCUUGCAUCUCUUGGGUCGUUCCAGCAAAUGUGGUUCUCCAAAGCAGAGUAUGAAGAGCAUGGAGUUUCCUACAUUCAAAGGAAGUGCCCGUGAAGCAGUGGAACAUGUACGCCAAUAAUAUGCUUCACAAGGGUUGUAUGUCCAAAGGGUGCGUGUGUACAACAAUUAGAUGCCUUGCCAUGUUGGCUUAUGAAGACUCUGGUCGAGCUAUAUUUAUCUUAGUCACGGCAAGUUAGUUUAGGUUAUGUAAGGGUGUAAGAGCAGGGUCAGCUAAUACUUGCCAUUGAUGUUAGAUACUAGUUCAUGUGCUGAAUCUUUUUGUCCCAUCUGUACAAUGGGACGGGAUAAUACUCUUAUUUUGUACCGGAGCUAACUUUUCGCCGGCGGAUUAAAGUCUAAGAUGAUGUGUUUUAACCAG